GGGGAUGCAGUCCCGGCCCGCCGUGCCGGCAGCCGAGCGGGGCCGGGCCGGCGAUGAGCGCCGCCGCCGCCGCCAAGCCAAUACUUUACAGCUAUUUCCGAAGUUCCUGUUCUUGGAGAGUGCGAAUCGCACUGGCUCUGAAAGGAAUUUCCUAUGACCUGGUCCCAGUGAACCUCAUUAAGGAUGGAGGACAGCAGUUUUCUGCUGAAUUCAAGGCACUGAAUCCAAUGCAGCAAGUCCCAGCCUUGAAAAUUGAUGGCAUCACCCUUUCUCAGUCGCUAGCUAUAAUUAAUUACCUAGAAGAGGUGCAUCCUAACCCCAGGCUCCUGCCCCAAGAUCCAAAGAAGAGAGCCCAAGUCAGAAUGAUUGCUGACCACAUUGCCUCUGGCAUUCAGCCACUCCAGAACCUGAGUGUCCUGAAACAAAUGGGGGAGAAAAAAAUUGAAUGGGCUCAGAACUGUAUCACAUCUGGCUUUCAAGCACUGGAGCAGAUUCUGCAGCACACUGCUGGACGCUACUGUGUGGGGGAUGAAGUUUCCAUGGCUGAUCUGUGUUUAGUUCCUCAAGUUGCCAAUGCCGAAAGUCCUGCAGAACUUCACCACUGAGUUUCAACACCACCAAGUUUCCCAGAGACUGCAGAACAGCCUAAAGAACCUUGGCAUUGACCACACAUGUAUGUGGCUGAUCUUACUGCUUUGGGACAUGACCAACUUCUGUAUUUUAUGUGCAGCUUUUCUUCUGGCAUUGGCCCAUAGUGUUUUCUGUGUGAUCAUAAAUGGUUUUAAGGUGUUUUCCAGUGACUCAGUACAAAAGAUUCAUAGAAUCAUAGAAUAUGUUGAGUUGGAAGAGGCCCAUCAUGAUCAUUGAGUCCAGCUCCUGUCUCAGGACACCCCAACAAUCAGAGCAGGUGCCUGAGAGCGUUGUCCAAACACUCCUUGAACUCUGUCAGGCUUGGUGCUGUGAUCACGUCCCUGGGGAGCCUGUUCCAGUGCUCAACCACCAUCUGGGUGAAAAACUUUUCCCUUAUACCCAACCUAAACCUCCUGUGACUCAGCUUCAGGCCAUUUCCUUGAGUCCUGUCACUGGUCACAAGAUUGAAAAGAUCAGUGCCUGCCCCUUGUGAGGAAGUUAUAACUGCAAUGAGGUUUCCCUUCAGUCUCUUCUUCUCCAGCCUGAACAGACCAAGUGACCUCAGCCACUCCUCACAUGGCUUCUCCUCCAGACUCAUCACCAUCCUCGUGGCCCUCCUUUGGAUGGUCUUUAAUGGCUUAAUGUCUUUUUUAUAUUGUGGUGCUGAAAACUGCCCCAGCACUGGAGGUGAGGCUGCCUCAGUGCAGUUCAGAGCAGGACAAUCCCCUCCCUUGCCUGGCUAGCAAUGCUGUGCCUGAUGCAACCCUGGCUGCCAGGGCACUGCCUGGCUCAUGUUCAACUUCCCAUCAACCAGGAUCCUCUGGUCCCUUUCUGCACUGCUGCUCUCCAGCCUCUCAUUCCCUAGUCUAUACACAACACACCAACUAUGAAAUGUUGUAAAAUUGGUGUUUUAUAUCAGCUACUAUUAUUUCUCUGUUAGAAGUGAAGUGUGUCACUCUAUCAGCAAUAUCUAGGGACUUGAUAGGUGAUCAAGUGGGUUUUUUUCCAAAGGAAGAAAAAACCCAAACACCUUAACUAAAUUUCUCAGGCCUGAUUCAAGUGCUGUAGAAAGGCCACAGUAUGGUUCUUCAUUUCAUCCAUGACAGGUUAAAGGAAGGAACAGCCCUCUCCAAGCUGCUAACUGAGAGAGCAUCUUGCUCUGACAGAUACCAAGCCCUACUGUUCUGUCUCCCUGUGCUCGACCUGCUUGAAUAAAACAGCUUUGCAGUUCCCCCCAACCCUGAUGGACACACUCUCUUUUGAGAAAGGUGACUGUUUUCUCCCCUUCUCAGGGCCCAAAGCAGCAACAACUCUGCUCCUUGCCGACUCCUCCAGAAAGCCACUGUGCUCCAAGCAGUGCUCUUCCAAUCCACUCCUCCUGCUCCCAGCUUGGGCUGCUCUGUUGUAGACUGACUGCUUCCUCUCUUACCAUUUUGGCCUACUAAGUGCUCUGGAGCAGUGAAUCAGUAAGCAGAGAUAGCUAAAAGUAAGCUUGAAUAUAGAGCAAAUUGUACAGCAUUACAAUAUACCCUUAGUAGGAAAUAUGCAGCCCUUCUAUGAGAGCAAAAUCUUUGGCUUUAGCUACCCCAAAUAAUUCUGUCCGUCAUUUCCUGUCAAUAGAAGGAAUGGACCAAGUAGAGGCGCUUUACCUGGAUGAUUUAAAAAUAAAACUCAGAACUUUUCUAGUAUCACCAUGGAAAAAUCAUUUUGUGUCUCUGCAAAGAGGUAUCAAAAUGUAAAUACAGCAGUAUUCUUAGAAAAGAGAACGAAGUUAAAAGUAUUAAAAUAAACAACAGUUACAAAUAAACAUGUCUUAAAAUUCA